AUGGUCCCAAACAAUGAUGCUCCCGACGAGAAGAGAAGCAAGAAGCGACGUCGCUCUCGAAAACAUAGCCUGAGUUCCAGUGGAAGUGUGCCGUCUCGCAGCUCGUCGUCCUCGAGCAAGUCCGAAGCAACACGCAGGCGUCCCAGCCAUACCGAUCUAGAAAAAGAUCCGAAAGGCUCCGCGAUUGCCGCGCUGGAAUCGAACUUGCCGGUAGCCACGACCACCGCCCUUCAACUGGACGAAGUAAUUCCCCCACGCGACAAGAGCCCUCUCAAACGGAGGCUGUCUUUCGCCGCCGAUUUCCAGCGCAAGUCCUCGGACCCCAGCGCGCCUCAGCAUCAACUCGCUUCCGCCGACUUUGGUCCGGUAGAACCUCACGUUGCUACUCCCACUGCUCCGACGACGGAGAAGCCUGGAGAGAGCAACCGGCUCCCAGAGCAGAAGCACCAACCGGCGCCCCAACCAGAAUGUGAAACAGCCCUGCCAGCUCAGUCUCCGGAGUGCGCCGUCAGCGGUGCGAAUACACUGCAGACGCUGUCCGCGACCUCGGUCAAGGAGAGGGCCGAGGGCUCUCCGACGCUCUCUGGAGGACAGCCGGAGCCUCAAGAUGGACGCAAAGCUCCACGCAGCUCUCAGAUUGUCCUAACUGCAACAGGUGUUUCAAUCAAGGUGCAGCACCUCACCCUUAUGACCGUCCUUAUGCUGAUCGUGAUGGCCGUGACAAUCAUCAUUGUGUUUCUGUUCGCACGAGGCGCCAAAUCACCACCAUCGCCACCGUUCUGCAAGACUGAGGACUGCCUCGUCCACUCGUGGCGCCUCUCUAAUGGACUAAACCGCGACCUCGAUCCAUGCCACAACUUUAGCGCCUACGUCUGCUCCACUUGGUCGCCUUCGAAAGGCUACCUAGCGUACUCGAACUCGGCCAUGGAUGACGUAAGGAAAUCGUGGUUUCCGCAUUUCUACAGCGUACUCAGCGAAGGGAUGAAAAGCAUUAGUGUGGGCCACAAACCAAUGGCCAUGUACGAGUCCUGCAUGGGCAACCGAUCACAGUACGGCUCGAACUUGGACAUCUUCUGGAAGUUCCUCAACGAAUGCAGACUGUCCUGGCCAGAGAAACCCACGCCAAGUGACACCAGCGCCCUCGACGUACUGAUGACGCUAGAAUUCAAGUGGCAGGUCCCGUUAUUCUUCCAAGUGCGCGCUAUGCGCUUGUCCUCACCGAAUUGGCGUUUCAUAUUAGAGCCCAGUUCCCUCAUACCAAUUUUGUAUAAGCAGCAUCUCACAGUCAAAAGCACCGGCGGAUACGCGAAAUACUGGGCAACGUUUUUCUACAUCCUUAACCGAAACUACACUAAGUAUGGGGUCGAUACGAAGUUUAUCAACAGGGCCAUGGUUAUGGAAGGUGAUGUCUUCAGAAAACUGCUGAACGCAAGGCGUCUUCAGGUAAUCGAACCAGCUCUGGUGCGAAUCACUCGAAUAGGACUUCACACUCCGCCGCUGGCCUCGAAGCUGUGGCUACGUGCCUUCAGGCAGACCGAGCUUGAGCCUGAAGUGAAGCCCAACGACCAGGUUUUCAUAGGCGACGUAGAGUUCUUCCGGACUAUGGCGACCGUGAUGUCAUCGAACAGAAGAACCGAGCUGCUGUCCCUGAUCGCCUGGUCUUGCGUGCAGCUGUUUGCUCCGGCAGCGGAUAUCCAGCUGCUUGAGAAUCGGUACGACCAGGGCAUCACCACAUAUCGGCCGUACUUCUGCGAGCGAUUCGUCGAGGCCGCCUAUCGCCUCCUGGUGAUUGCGCUCAGCUCCGUGUCGCGCUUCACGCCAGCACAGCGCGCCGCCGUCAAAGCCGGUUUCGACAGCUUGGUGUCAGCGGCUGCGGACGCGGCCAACGCAACGCAAUGGCUGGACAUUGAAAGCCGGAAGCUCGCGGUCGAGAAGCUGCGUUCGACGCGACUAAAGCUGUGGCCCCCCGAGCGUUUCCUGGAAAACGACCUGCUCGAGCGUAUGUACAGUGAUUUUCCCAGCACUGAACUUUCGUUUGCCGAGUACUGGGUGAAGACGAGCCGCUGCGCUGCUAAGAUGCAUGACCCGCACGCUGACAUCGACGUCUUCAGCUUCGCGGUCAACUACGCACUGCCGUACGUGCUCUAUGAUGCUUCAAGCGGCGACGUCAAUGUGGCCGUGGGCGCCAUUGCUCCGCCCUUGUACUAUCCCGGCGGUACCGACGCCAUGUUCUACGGGGGUCUGGGCUUUUCCAUGGCACUCAAUCUGGUCGCGUCCGUAGACAGACAUGGACUGCUGUAGACCCCGAACGGCACAUUCGGCCACUUCUUUUUGUCCAGCUCUUCCGCGAGGGCCUUCGAGGAGAGAGACAGCUGCCUAGCAGCGCUUGACGGCCACGCCGCCAGUGGCGGAGACAACACCCAGAGCAUAACCGGCGCGAGGGCCAGCAUCUUUCCCGAGAUCCCCGCUCUCGAGGUUGCCUACGCGGCGUACCGCCGCGCAGUCAGCGACAGGGGAGACGAAGCUCUUCAGGGAAUCGUGGGGGGCUUUUCGGGAGACCAGGUGUUCUUCAUGACGCUAUGCUACAUGACUUGCACGCGACCCGAUGCCGUGGGUCCGCACACAGUGGACUGCAACAAGGCGGUGCGCAGUUCGGAGGCCUUCGCCCGGGCAUUUCAUUGCCCGCCCGAGUCCCAGAUGAACCCCAAGAUGAAGUGCAAAUUCUUUGGGUGAGAGUCGGGCACUUCCGAUGGACUGCGAUAGGACGUUCACGUGGAGUCGAACGACUCACCUUCAUGUGUGCAGUACACAUACAGUUUUGUGCGCAACAUCGAAAGCGAUGUCGUCGGUAGCCAUGUACUACAUAGGCACUCUUUUAUUUCGUGUCUGGACAGACAUUAUAAAUCACGGGCUCUCUCUCUCUCUCUCUCUGAGGAUUUAAAUGAUGUAUUCUCUGAGGACCUAUGAUGUAUUCGUUGUAAAGCUUCGUGGCGCUCUAAAUUCAGUGUGAAGAUCUUAAUG